AAUGAUAUUGCCACCUACAGUUUUGAUCUUGGCAAGGCAAACCAACCACAAAACGACCUCGUUUAAGGACUGUACCCCCAACCUUGGCAUUGACAAUUCAAUUUCCUAAAUGCAAGGAUCCAGACAUAGAUCCAAUGCCCUGCUCCUUGCCUCUAUAUAUAUUCUCCGAUUCAUGAGCCUUCAAAGUUGCAGAUCUUUCUCUGUUCGCCAAGCCCAUUUCUUUGAAUAAUUCUUCACGAGAGAGAGAGAGAGAGAGAGAGAGAGAGAGAGAGAGAGAGAGCUCCCAUGGCAAUGUCAGCAGCAACCCCUCAUUCCUUCCUCCUGAAAAGCCCCAAACGCCACCAUCUCUCUGGCAGCCCAACCACCACCACCACCCGCAUCAAUGCUUUCCCUCUCCACCGCCCUAGAAAGCUCAUCUCUAUCACUUGCUCCACGGCGGCGCAGGUCCAGGACCGCCCCGCCGCGGCUGACCAAUCCCAAGAUCGGGUCUUCAACUUCGCCGCCGGCCCCGCCACCCUGCCGGAGGUCGUUCUCAAGAAGGCCCAGGCCGAGCUCUACAACUGGCGCGGCUCCGGGAUGAGCGUCAUGGAGAUGAGCCACCGCGGCAAGGAGUUCCUCUCCAUUAUCCAGAAGGCGGAGGCCGAUCUGCGCGCCCUUCUCGACAUCCCCUCCGAUUAUGCCGUCCUCUUACUCCAAGGCGGGGCCACCACCCAGUUCGCCGCCUUGCCCCUGAAUCUCUGCAAGCCCGACGAUCCGGUGGAUUACGUGGUUACUGGGUCGUGGGGCGACAAGGCUUUCAAGGAAGCGAGUAAAUUCUGCAAGCCCAACGUGAUUUGGUCUGGGAAAUCCGAGAAAUACACGAAGAUCCCUGCUUUCGAUAGCUUGGAACAGAACCCGCACGCUAGGUAUUUGCAUAUAUGCGCCAAUGAAACCAUUCACGGUGUCGAGUUCAAAAACUACCCGAUCCCCAAGAACCGAGAUGGGUUGUUGGUUGCCGAUAUGUCGUCGAAUUUCUGCUCAAAGCCCGUGGACGUAACCAAAUUCGGCGUGAUCUACGCGGGCGCGCAGAAGAACGUCGGCCCUUCUGGGGUCACCAUUGUAAUCGUCCGGAAAGAUUUGAUUGGGAACGCUCAGGAAAUCACUCCAAUCAUGCUGGAUUACAAGAUCCACGCUGACAACAAUUCGCUCUACAACACCCCACCUUGCUUUGGGAUUUACAUGUGUGGAUUGGUUUUCGAAGAUCUCUUGGCCCAGGGCGGAUUGGCAGAGGUUGAGAAGAAGAACUUGAAGAAGGCUCAGAUACUCUACGACACAAUUGAUCAGAGCGAGGGGUUCUACAGGUGCCCGGUUGAGAAAUCCGUGAGAUCGCUGAUGAAUGUGCCGUUUACGUUGGAGAAGUCUGAACUGGAGGCAGAGUUCAUCAAGGAGGCGGCGCAGGAGAAGAUGAUCCAGCUCAAGGGGCACAGAUCGGUGGGCGGGAUGAGAGCUUCAAUAUACAAUGCCAUGCCUUUGGCUGGGGUGGAGAAGUUGGUUGCAUUCAUGAAGGAUUUCCAAGCAAGGCAUGCUUGAUUCUGUGGUAUUAUUUGUUAUAGCCUUUGUUUUGUUUUGUUUUUUGCUUCCUGGUGAUUUUAUCUCAUGUUGUUGUCUUAUGUCGGUAACCGUUUUUGUUUCUGGAUACUAUGGGAAAAUGAUCUAUCUUUUUUUCCGGUGAAGGAAUUUAGCAUGGUUGGGCUUAUUAUGGUUAA